AUAGUUAUCAAUGUACAGAAAAAAAAUACAAGGAUUUCUUGAAAUCUCCAUGGAUUUGAGAACCUCUGCUCCAGGUUCCAUCCCAAUUCUGGGCUCCACUCUCCUUCCUUGGGUACCUCCUGCCACAGCAAAAUGAUAGGGCUAGUGCAGAGCCACUGAGCUCACCAGUGGGAUAUGAUGGCUGGGGCAGGGCCAUAGGGGAGUAGGGGAAUGGGAGUUGGGGAGAAGGAAGCAGAAGGGAGAUGUGCAGGCACUGGAGCAGAGAACUACAGAGGCCCAGAAGUCAAGACCUGCCAUAAUGGUGAGAAGUCAGACGAGUCAAUGAAAAGGGCCUGUCGGGCGGCCUGGGAGGGUCCGAAUGGCAUAGCGAGAGAGAGAGGCGGGACGUCGGACCAGGCUCCGCCCCCGCUUUGAGUACCCGCCCCUCAGCCUCCCCUCCCCCCACCCCUUUCCCAGGCCACAGCUGCUUCCGGAGUCGACUCCUCGGCUUGGGCCUCUAGUUGAGAUCCAAACCCGUCCCGGGGACCCCGGAGGGGGCGCUGCGAGCCGGGUCAGGACGCCUGGGCCGCGCCCUCUGCCGCCUUUGCAAGCGGGUCUCACUCGCUGUCACCACACCAGUACCUCGCACACCAGACCGCAUAUCUCCUGACCUUGGCCGAAGCCCCGACUCCUCUGCUGACACAGGGAUUGGCCUGCAUAGAUUCUGGGAUAUUGAGACCUCCCUAAUCCGAAGCGUGCGGGGGAAACUUGAAUCCAGAGAAGGAGAGUUUUCCAGAAGGGUGGACCACACCACUCCUUUUCUAUUACCAGACCUCUCCUUCAGCACAAAAGCAGAUUACAGAGCAUACUCUCAGCGCACGGCAGAUCCAGAGGAACCUGUGGAUUCUUGCCCACUUUGAGGGGCCACAUCUUCUGGGAUUAACAGCACCCUGUGCAGUGGCAUCUUGGGCUGUGGCAUUGGUGAGUGAAACUUGGGGUGCCACGUUAUAGGCCCACAAUCCUAAACACAGCAGGAAGACUUUUGUGGGAGUGCAAGGCUCUGAUAUACCUCCUGGGCAUUCUUGGAAUCUUUGGGGGGCUUUAAUGAAUUUGGAGGCCUAGAGCGUCCCCAGUCUCUUCCCUAGAAUUUCCAGUGACAUUCUUGGGAGUGGAAAGUGCCCCCUCAGAUCUUAAGAGAAGGAAACUGAGAAUCUGAAAAACCAGAGAGUCUUUGCAGAAUUACUAGGGCCACAAAACAGGAACUCCCUGAAGCUGGAACAGACCUGGCAUCUGGGGAGCCUCUCUCGGCCUCCUAGGAGCCUGUGGGCCAGAGGAACACCUGGAGGAGAUCCCAGAAAUCUGGGGGAUUCCCCUCGCCCAUCACCCAAACUAUGUUUCUUCGACAUCUUGGUGGCUGGAUGCCCCGUUUUUGGGGCCGCCGAAAAGACCCCCUGCCUGAGUCUGGCCCUGUAAGGGAGGAUAGCUCUCCUGAGAACUCGGGGAGUGACUGGGACAGUGCCCCAGAGACCAUGGGAGAUAGGGGCCAGCUGAAGGCUGGGAACUCCAGGAAGCAAAUGGAUAGGGGGACCCCUCCUGACUGGAACAAAAACUCUUCCAACUAUGGAGAUACUGAUCAACUGGAGGACAGAAGGGUUUCCCCCAAACUGAGCAUGGAUAUACUUGGUUUUGAUGAGUCCAGAAAACUAGAGGCUAGGGGAGUGAUCCCCACCGUUGGCAGUAACCCCCCAAACUUAGAAGACUCUAAGGAACAAGGGGUGCCACUUGAAUGGGAAACAAAUCCCUUCAGCCCUGAGGCCCCAGUGGAGAAACUAAGGCAUCACCGGAGGCUGCUGGGCUGGCUUCAGGGGGAAACAAAGAGAGGGUUGGGGGCCCACCCACAGUUCUUGGGAGGCUCUGAGGAGUGGCUCCAGAUCUCCACCAACCUAACCCUGCACUUGUUGGAACUGCUGGCUUCAGCCCUGCUGGGGCUAUGUUCCAAACCUCUGCGCCUGAUUCUAGAUGCCUUAGGUCUUAGGGGACCUUUGGGGCUUUGGCUGCAUGGGCUUCUCUCUUUCCUUGUUACCCUCCAUGGACUUCACUUGGCCCUUACCCUGCUCACCGCACACCCCUUCCAUUUUGCCUGCCUCUUUGGCCUUCUCCAGGCCCUGGUACUGGCUGUCAGCCUCCGGGAGAGCACCCAGGUGUCUGGGGAGGAGGAGGAUGAAUACAAUUGGGAGGGAGGGAAAAGAGGAGACCUUGAGAAGGAAGAUGAGAUUAAAGGAAUAGGGGGAGGGCCUGUGAAUUAGGUGUUGGGGCACUACUGUAGGGUUGAGGAACAUAGGGACCUCAGGGAAAGGAGAGAGACCCUAGAGUGAAGUGGGCUAUAGAGACCCCUCCCACCUGCAAGAGGGCUAAGACAGCUCAAAGUAGGAGUCACUCUCUAAUUCACCAGCUAUUUUCACUUUUUUCUUUAGUGUUACUCUUCUAUCCCCCAAUUAAAAAAUAAAAGUAAAAAGGAACUCCCCCACCCCUUGUUAAUUCCCCCAAAAGAUAAGGUUGCUAGCCACAGGACAAUCGUCCAGAACCGGGAGAGUGAGGGGAAAGCACAGGAAUCUAUUGGAUACUAGGAUCUGAGCCAUAAAUAGAGAAGGGAGAGUGGGUCAACUAUAAAGCUGAAUGAUCAAAAAGGGUGUGGGUUGAGGAGAGAUGUGCUUGGAACUGGAGAUUCAGCUAGGAUGUGAAAGAGAAUCACAAUGCUCAAGAAAACCCAGCAGAAAGCCUUGGGAUGCCACUGCAGAGCUCUAGGGAAACACUUAUGCCUACCUAAAAGUGUUUGGGGGCUUGAUCACUUAGCAGUCACCGUUGCACUGAUCUCCUAAAAUAUACCACUACAAAAGGGAAGUUAUUAA